UCCUCUCCCCUGGGAAAGGACGGAGAAAACGCAGGGUAGACCGGCUGCUAGCCCUGUUGGUGCCUGUAAUUAGACUUUUCUCUCUCCUUUCUUGUCAGGUUCUGUACCCUCUAUACGAACUACCUUUUAAACCUCUCAGCAAGAAGUCAACAAUUAAAUUUAAAAGCUUCUCCACUCUUUCACUAAUAUACAGUGUUAUCACACAAUAAACUCAAGGACAGUUGAGAUUUGACGAAGAAGCAACACAGUGGGCCUUCCAGACGCACUGGUGGAAACCUUUCUAAGAGCUCUCCACGAAGCCCCUUGCAGCCCCAUAAGGAAUCCUGUAGACAGCGGUUCCACAGGCAGGGAGUGAGGCUUAGAGAGACAGCACUUUGCGCAGCCCAUGUGUAUUUGGAGUUAUCUGCUUGUAUCUAUGUGCACCAUGUGCAUGUGUGGUACCCUGGAACUGGAGCUAUGGAUGACUGUGCUACAUCAGUGGGCUUCAGGUUCUGAGAAGACAGACUCUGCCCUAUGCCUCUGAUUCCUUUAUGGACCUGACCCUGUGUGUGUUAGCGGAAGAACCAGUCACUAAACUCCUAUGUUGUGGGUGACACUCUCCUGAGGUGCUGUGAGCAGCUAUCCUUUGGGGAUAUGACAGAACAGGAGCGUGUGCCAAGAACCUGGUGACCGGGAUGCCCCUGUGAUCAAGACUCACGUCUUGGAUGUGGCUCUGGCGCAGACCGAGGCACCAAAUGCCAGAAUAAAGACAGAAUUCCAACCCGGAGUCGGCACUUCAUCUACUGGGGAUGCUGACUUUGAAGUGCCUUUUCGUUUCCUGUGUUCAAGUCCAGCUUCGGAUCAGGAGGGCUGUCUUUUUGAACUGAGAUUUGUCACCAGACAGCAGACAGGUAAAAAGAUACUAGGCGUGGACUCAGGAAUCGCCCAAAGAAAACACUAAAGAACGCCAAGUCUGAGCUUCCCAGGAAAAGGUGGGAGAACAGCUUGGCUGCGGUGUGCACGCGUUACUGACUUACAUCCACUUUUCAGUGACCAACUCAUUGAACUUACUGACCCCAAGUGCGAUGACCCCAGCGGCGCUCAGAUUGGGGGACCCAGGUUGUCCGGGCGGCUGUCACCAAGAUAACGGAAUCCUGGACUGGUUGUGGCCAGGCCUUGUGCUUAUUUCACCAGGAGGGCAAUUGAGGCUGAAGACAAGGCAAAGCUGGAGGAGUGAAGCGUGGCCUCGAACCUGUCGGGAUCGAAAAGGCCUCUGCCUGCGGGUUCCUGGAACUGGACUGGGCGGGGAAAGGAGGGCCUUCAGAGAGGCAUUUCUACCACCUCCGCGGCUGCCAAGAGCCGUGGGGCUCUGGCCAAGGUGACCCCGCAGGAGGAGGCAAGGGUCCCCGCCCCUUGCCCGCUGUGGCCGCCUCCAUCUUCCCGGUCCUUGGGGCUUUUCCUCCCGGCCCGCGCGCCCGCCCCUCUCCCAGGCUUCCCCAGGGGCGGGAUAUCUCGCCCUCCCCUCCGCCCCCCAGGCCUUGUCCUAGCGCUGCCCUCGGGCUGGGGGCGGGACCGCGGCAGGCGGGGGUGGGGGGAGUCUAGGAGGACGCGCGCCUCAGCUACGGCGGGGCUCGCUCCUUCGCUCCCCCCUCUCUCCCUCCCGGUGCCCGCUCCUGCGGCCGUCCGCCCUUCCCCCCCUCCCCCGGCCCACCCCCCCAACCCCCGCGCACGCUCCGCCUGGCAGCUGGCGCCCGGGGCCUGGGGCCGCAGUAGUGAGAGGGGUUUGUAGGGAGGGCGGGAGCGAGCGAGCCGCGAGGGAGGGAGGGAGAGAGAGAGAGGGAGGCCGCCCCCCGCGCCCCUCCUCCUCGCCCUCCUCCACGGCGGCCAGUCCCUCCUCCCGCCCCCUCCCUCCUCUUCUCUCCUCCCUCCCUUGCAAAGACAUCCCCGCACGGCCGGGCCGCGGCGGCCACCUUCCCUGCCCGGUGCUGCAGAUGUGGCGGAGCGGCCGGGCGCCGGGCGGCCGCGCCAGGGGAGCUCGUGCCCCGUGAGCCUCGCGCUCCGGCCCCCGCCCGCCCCGGCCCUCCCCCUCGCCCGCUCUCCGCUGCCCCACGACCGCCGGAACCCGCAGCCGGAGCCACUCAGCCCGGCAGCCGAGGUUCCUGCCUAGACCAGCAGGGUGCCGUCUUCACGCUCCCUCCCACCAUGCACUCCUUGGACGAGCCGCUCGACCUAAAGCUGAGCAUCACCAAGCUGCGGGCGGCAAGAGAGAAGCGAGAAAGGACACUGGGUGUACCCCGGCACCAUGCUUUGCAUCGGGAGCUGGGCCUGGUGGACGACAGCCCCACUCCUGGCUCCCCAGGCUCCCCACCACCAGGUUUCCUGCUGAACCCCAAAUUCCCUGAGAAGCUGGAUGGACGCUUUUCUGCAGCCCCCUUGGUGGACCUCAGCUUGUCACCACCAUCUGGACUGGACUCCCCCAAUGGCAGCAGCUCCCUGUCCCCUGAGCGCCAAGGCAACGGGGACCUGCCUCCACUGCCUACAGCUGUGGAUUUCCAGCCACUUCGCUAUUUGGAUGGCGUUCCCAGCUCCUUCCAGUUCUUCUUGCCCCUGGGUUCUGGUGGGGCCCUGCACCUACCUGCCUCCUCCUUCCUUACUCCCCCCAAGGACAAGUGCCUCUCACCAGAGCUGCCCCUGGCCAAGCAGCUGGUGUGUCGAUGGGCCAAGUGUAACCAGCUCUUCGAGCUCCUCCAAGACCUGGUUGAUCACGUCAAUGACCAUCAUGUCAAGCCGGAACAGGACGCUCGGUACUGCUGCCACUGGGAGGGCUGUGCCCGCCAUGGUCGUGGCUUCAAUGCCAGCAGGUACAAGAUGCUCAUCCACAUCCGGACUCAUACCAACGAGAAGCCACACCGAUGCCCCACCUGUAACAAGAGCUUCUCCCGCCUGGAAAACCUGAAGAUCCACAACCGCUCCCACACAGGUGAGAAGCCCUACGUCUGCCCCUAUGAGGGCUGCAACAAGCGUUACUCCAACUCGAGUGACCGCUUCAAGCAUACCCGUACCCACUACGUCGACAAACCCUACUACUGCAAGAUGCCGGGCUGUCACAAGCGCUACACGGACCCCAGUUCACUGCGCAAACACAUCAAAGCUCACGGCCACUUUGUGUCCCAUGAACAGCAGGAGCUCCUGCAGCUGCGCCCACCCCCUAAACCACCACUGCCCACCCCUGACAGUGGCUCCUAUGUCAGUGGGGCUCAGAUCAUCAUCCCAAACCCUGCUGCCCUUUUUGGAGGCCCCAGUCUGCCUGGCCUGCCCUUACCUCUGGCCCCUGGCCCCCUUGACCUCAGUGCCCUGGCCUGUGGCAAUGGUGGAGGCGGGGGUGGGGGUAUGGGCCCUGGGCUGCCAGGAUCUGUUCUGCCCCUCAAUCUGGCCAAGAACCCACUGUUGCCCUCACCCUUUGGGGCUGGUGGACUAGGCCUGCCUGUGGUCUCUCUCCUGGGUGGCUCUGCUGGUAGCAAGGCUGAGGGGGAGAAGGGUCGUGGGUCAGUGCCUGCCAGGGUCCUGGGCCUGGAAGACCACAAGACGUCCCUGGAAAGGACGGAGCGCAGCCGCUCCCGGCCAAGCCCUGAUGGACUCCCUUUGCUACCAGGCACUGUGCUGGACCUGUCCACAGGCAACUCAGCAGCCAGCAGUCCAGAGGCGUUAACUCCUGGCUGGGUGGUCAUCCCACCAGGGUCUGUGCUGCUCAAACCAGCUGUGGUAAACUGAAACUGGGCUACCCGUCUACCAGCUGUGGCAGUCCAGCCACCUACUGUGGGCUCAUCCCUGACGAACAGAAACUCUUCUGCGAAAUAGCAAUAAUAUCCUACUGCCCCAGGGCCACGCUGCAGCCCCAGGGCCACACUGCAGCCCCAGACAAGCUGGGUGGCAAGGUGGCAAGGAUGGUGCUAGAAGGUCUUUGCUGACCUCCUGGCUCCAGAGUGAGGACCUGGCUUGGACUCGCUGUCCAAGAAGAGCCAUUCCUCUUGGGUGCUAAGGCCUCGCUCACUCCCACUUCCCUAGUCCAUAGUCUGGGUGAGGCCUUCCUCUGCCUGUCCUCCCAGGACCUCCCAGUCCUGCCUCUUGCUCUGGUGCAUUCCUCUCCAUGACCAGCCUGACUGGGCAGGUUUCCAUUCCUCCCUGCCUUACCUACUUGUCAACUAGGGAGCCCCCAGUGAUCAUAGAUAGGCUCAUGCUUGGGAAUUCCUUAGACCCCUUUCCCUCUGGUCCACCUUCUAGAGGGAGAGCAAGACAGACACAGGCUGCCUUUUCCCACCUGCUGCUAUGACAAGGUGCUUCCCUGCUUGCUUAGCAGAGAAGCCUGCUCUGCCAGCGCUUCUCUUUCCUGCCAGAAUUAGCACUGCCAAAGGGUUGGCAACACUUUCCAAAGAGGAGGGUAGCUAGCUGACCACUCAACCUUCUUGGGAAUGUGCAAGCAGGUUCAAAGGAUCUCUGUACUGACCUGAUCCAGCUUGGCUUGGGCAGUGUUACUCUGCAGCAGCUUGUAAGGCAUCAGUCUAUACCGGGUGGGCUAUCAGGCUUGGGAAGCAGCUACAGGUUCGGGGGCUACAAGGAAGGAAGCCUCAUUGGAAAGCAGCUUUCUGGAAAGCACUGACUGAAGCCCCUGGGUGUAAGGGAGGCUAGGCAGCCAAGCACAGCAUUAGGAGAACCAGCUCUUUGCUGGGGAAAAGCUGACUGGAGAGAGGCCUAGACAUGGAGCAGGGUUCUUUCCUGACUUUCCAGCUGAGCCUUUUCUUGGUGCUGCCUCUCUUGCCCGUGAACUCUGCCCAAGCCAGCUACCCCAGGGUGUGUGCUGUGCAGAAUAGGGUCCAGCACUUGCUUGGGGCUAGAACAAGCCAAGGACAUUGGAGGACUAUGUGCUCUACAGCUCCAAAAGGUUAGCUGCCCCAGCUUGGGCCUCUUGCUGUCCCCUGUACUAUACUUGCAGUGGCUAAGCCCCUCAUCUCUCAUCUAUAGAACAAUAGAGCUGCUGGGGUCAUAGUGGGUUCCUUGGCUCUGUGGCUCCUCUGAGCAGCUCUGCCUAGUCUUUUUCUCAGACUGCCCUUCUGUUUUAGAAGGGUCACCCUGACCUGCCUGACUGCUGGUCUUAGGACCCCAGCCCUGACGGGGCUCGGCUGUGAUGGCUCUACCCCUUGAAGGGGCUGUGAGCAUGUGAAGGAGCUGGUCUCCUACCUUUGGGUCUGCCUAGGAUCCAAGCGACCUCCUGGCUCUGUUAGGGCCCUAGGCCUUACGUCCCUGGCUGGGGGAUUGGGUUUGAGACUCAAGCCCAAGAGCAGAGGAACAGAGCACUGGAACAUUAGCUCAGCAUGUGAUUCAGUGAUAGACCAGGCCUGGAAGGGCCAGCUGGUCUACCUAUCAGUUCGUUGCACAUUCCAGGAUUCAGUAUUUUAACAGGUUCUAAGUGCCUUUCUAUUGUAGCUUAUGGUUUUCCUCCUUUUGGCUCCAUUGCUGUUAGCAUAGAGUUUAAAAAAAAAAAAAAGAGAGAUAAGCUAAUGACUAUAACAAUAUAUUCCUCCAUGUGAGAGGAAGUUUAUACAAACAAUAAAGUGAGUUGCAAAGA